UCACGUCACUAGAGCGCAAAAUGCGUAUCAUUGCUCUUUACUUGAUUGUGUCCUUUCGUUGUAUUCUAUGUAGAGAUGCUAUUCAAUUUUUCAUAGCACAUAAAAAGGUGAAUCAGGCUUCAAUUGAAGUACUUGAAAAUGUAGGCAAUUCGACUAAAAUUUGGUUGGAGUAUAAAUAUGUUUUUGCAACGGAAGACGACAGUGUAUUAAAUACCACCUUAAAAGUUGGAGUAUUUGCAAAAACAGCAUUAACGUUUGAUUUUCUCGAUUGUCGGAUGUCAACCAUCGACAAUCAAACUGUUACCAAAGGUUACAGUAUUGAUAUAAUUGAAAAUUUACGAGAAACCUUGAAUAUCAGUACUGAAUUUAAAGUAAUAAACAAUUUAACACAUCUUAUUAACAAUAAAAUUGAUUUGGUGAUUUGUCACCCACAUAUUGAGAAUUUGCCUUCAAAUGUAACAGAAUUAUAUCCUAUUAUAAAAAGCAAUCUAAUAUUAGUCUACAAACCCAGUAAAUUGCGAUUUACGAAAGACAUAUUUAUUUUAACAUUUGCCGGCUCAUUGUGGUUGGUUUUCUUUGCAAUAAUGAUCCUACUGGCUGUAUGUUUACGAAUUUCAACCAGAAAGUACUCGACAAUGAGACCAACGUACGAAUCAUGGACGUGGGUUGAAAUAACACUAUGGGCCAUUGCUGCUGCUUGCCAACAAGGCCUCAGUCACACACCUAGUGGUUUUGCCAGUUGUCUGAUAUUUUUCUUGGGAUACUUAAUGGCGUACUUAUUAUACACGGGUUUUGCGGCUGCUAUAACUUCAAUUUUGGUUGAAAAUGUCGAAACAAACGCCAACUUACAGAAUCUCAGAAGUGACAAACUUCACUUGAUCAGCCCUGAGUGUGUCCGAAGCGAGAUAAAACAUUUUAAAGAAAGAUUUCUUGUAACAGAAUACGUCAAUGACUUAAAUGGUCUGUUUGAAAAGUUAAGCAUAAACGAUAGGAUCGGUGUAGGUCCUGAAAUAUCAAUACAGCAAUACAUGGUGAAUAAUUUGAGUCUUGACGAAAUUUUGUCUUUCCAAACAAUGAAACUGAAUGUGAGAUAUACCCAAGGCUUUCUUACGUUGCGUAAUAAUUCAUGGAAAAAAAUCAUAAACAGGCAUGUAAUUGCUUUAAAUGAGUUUGGAAUUUUGCAAAAAAUCCUCAAAACAAAUUUACAACCUGUGUCAACUCUCAAUUUGAAUGCUGGUUAUUCAAGUGCCGGCCGAGAACAUGUAGGGUCUGCAAUUUUAUUAUUUUUAGGUGGAGUUUUAAUCGCUUUAUUAUUUCUCGUGUCAGAAUUCGUGUUUUACUUUUACAAACGGGGACGUAAUCACAUUACAAAAUAAAAACUUACUUGUUUAUUACAAGAAUUGGCAGCACAUAAGAACUACAAAAUGCCCAACAGAAGUUAAGUACAUCAUAUUUAAGCCUCAAUAUUAAUCACAUUACAAAAUAAAUAAAAAUUCACACCCCUUCAGAACGUACACUUGCGGAAUUAAAAUUUCGGGCAGUAUUGUCAAAUUCAUGAUGUAAACUCUAAAACAACCUUUACAUUAAUAACCUCAUUUUUUACUCUUGUCAUGUUUAUGUCAUUUUCACUUAGGUAUUUACUUUCAAGAAUAUUGAUUUUUGGCUUAAU